AUGAGACAAACAAACAUCACUGCAGCAACUGGAGAUGGACCAGUAAUUCACACAGUCUCAUCUCUCACUGCUGGAACUACAUACACAUUCACUCUCUUCUCUGUGUUUGAGAACAUCAGAAGCAGUGGAUUACAACUUACAGCAGUCACUGCUCCUCAAAACACAGGUAGCUUCACAUCAAUAGGACAAAAUGAGACCAGUAUCACUCUGCAGUGGAACAAAGUCAACAACAAUGUCAGCUUUAUUCUCCAGUUUAAUGGUAUAGAGACAAACAUCAUCACACCAACUGGAGAUGGACCAAUAACUCACACAGUCUCAUCUCUCACUGCUGGAACUACAUACACAUUCACUCUCUUCUCUGUGAUUGAGAAUGUCAGAAGCAGUGGAUUACAACUUACAGCAGUCACUGCUCCUCAAAACGCAGGAAGCUUCAGAUCAUUAGGACAAAAUGAGACCAGUAUCACUCUGCAGUGGAAUAAAGUCAACAACAAUGUCAGCUUUAUUCUCCAGUUUAAUGGUACAGAGACAAACAUCAUCGCACCAACUGGAGAUGGACCAGUAACUCACACAGUCUCAUCUCUCACUGCUGGAACUACAUACACAUUCACUCUCUUCUCUGUGUUUGAGAACAUCAGAAGCAGUGGAGUCAGCGUCACAGUAGCCACUGGGCCUUUUUAUGUUGUUGUGUUGAACGUAAGAUUAAGGUCAUUUGGUCAGCUGUCAGAGUCAGAGCUACAGGUUUUGUUGGAGCAGUUCUUCAGACAAUACGGAGUGUCGCCACAGUCGUUGUCCCUGAAGGUUCGGUCGGUUCAGCCAUGAGACCAGCAAACGUGCUUUUGAGUUUUGAAUGUUUUCUCUAACCACGUUUAGUUUUUCAUGUGUAAUCCCAGGUCCUACCUCACAUCCUAACCUACCACUAGUAGAGAAAAGGCGAUGGAAAGGAGGAGAACUGAUGUGCAAUGCCGUGCAAUAUAUAGUUAUGACUGUCAGAAGUGUUAGUAUAUGUUAAAAUUGUAUCCUAUCUUUUAUGAUAUUGUUUGUCAAACUGAAAUAAAAAAAUUUAAACUUAUUCAAAUACUUCCCUCUGUAUAAAUAAACAUCUGUCUGUCUGUCUACCUACGCAUUAUGAAUGGAUAAUGAGUUACAAAG